CGAAAUUUAUUCAUGUUGUUGGCGAGUGUGAGCAAAUGCGAUCCCGAAGGACAAGGAAUCGAAUGCUAAAUGUGCAUCGGGAACUUGAUCACGUUUCCACUUGCUGAUAGCUAUCGAUGAAAAAAAUAGCUAAUGCAAUAGUGGAAUGGAUAUGCUAGCUGUAAUGCUAAAUCAUUAAGCAUUUGAUUGGAAUCAGAUUCAACUGUGGCGUUCAAAAACCGAUCUCUUUGAGUGGUUUCGUGCGAACGGAAAAUCCACAAAACCUACGACAUCUCUUCCUCAAAAUGACCGAAAGCGCAGAGGAUAAGAAAGCCCUCCUUCCAGCUAAAACCACCCGCAAUUUUCAGAACAACAAAGAAAAAGAGCGGCUUCGUACAGUUCUAGCUUUUUUCUUGUUCGGAACUCUGAUUUACGGUACUUUUUCUCUAAUUAUAUCCGGAGCUCAAGACAUCCUCGCUGGGACUUAUAUCCAAACUUCUUUGGUCCUCGUGGCCAGUAUCGCGCCGUAUUUUGGAGUGACUCUAAUUGCGCCUUACUUUAUACCGAAUUUCUCAUACUUCGUGAGGAUCUCCACCGUUUUCCUGACCGGAGUGGUGGGAUUUGUGAUGGUUGUUUUGUGCAAAGAUGUGGGCUGGAAAUUAAUGGGUGUUGGAGUCGCGUCUAUCGGUUAUGGGGUUGGCGAAGUGAGCUUUCUUGGCUUGACAACUUAUUUUCACCACAUUGCUUUGUCGGCGUAUUCGGCUGGAACUGGCGCGGGCUUUGUUCUGGCGCCCUUGUACUAUACAGCCAUGACAACAUGGCUAUGCGUGUCGCCGAAUACCGCUAUUCUUGUCAUGGCUGGGAUGCAGCUGUUGCUGUUUCUGUGUUAUUACAUCAUGGACAAGAAGCACUUGUCGAGCGCUGACCCUGAUGUCGGGCACGAGAUGGCGUACAUCAGGACGAGUGAUGGGGAGAAUAGAAAUAAGCCUGAUGUAUCACCUCAGGAAGAGAGUAAAGAGAGCACUUCAACCUCGGACCCAGGCCUCACUCCUGAUCUAACCUGGAAAGAGAAGGUGGCGACGAUGCGGGCGAUGCUCCCUAUGGGGGUACCCCUAGUGCUGGCUUGGUUCUCCGAGUACCUGAUCAUACAGGCGGUGAUCACCACCAUCUCAUUCCCGAACGCGCCCUUCCGUCCACGAGACCACUAUCAGUACUACAUCUUUGUAUUCUUACUUGGAGAGGUUAUAGGUCGCUCGUACCGCGUGAUCAUCACCUACGCCAAGCCCUCGUGGCUGUACACGCCGACCUCCACCCACUUGUGGGUGCUCUCACUAACGGAGGUGCUCCACCUCCUCUUCUUCCUCCUCGUGUCCUGGUUCCGCUUUCUCCCGGGCGUCGACCUGGUUCUCGUCCUCUGCCUCACGGGGGGUAUCACCAUCGGGUGCUUGUACUCCACCGCCCUGGCCCUGUUCAGCGAGGCGUUCGAGGGAAAACACCGCGAGUUCGUAAUGGGGUACGCUGUGGUCGCGAUGGGUUGUGGGACACUGCUGGCGGGGCUGAUCGGGCUAGCUGUGGAGCCGGCGCUUAGGGCGCAUUGCGUCACUAUGGUCGAGAAUGAUGCGUACUGCUUCACGAGGGCUAGGACAUUCGAGCACAUAACGUCACGAUGUCACGCAAAGAAUGCGUGAAAAGAGGGCUGAGAUAUUCAAGGAUAUAGCGUCUGCAACGAAAGUGUGACACUGUAGAGGGUUGAUCGUGGUCAUUUAAAGCAUCUAUACCGAUUCUCAUUACGACAAGACGCAAAAUUUUGUGUGUCUGUGUCACCAUUCAUAUUUAGAGGGGGAUCCGGUGUGAGCAGUAUCAAAACUUCACAUACAAAGACACAACUUAUAAUGCAUGGCAUACCCUAGGUAACACAUAGCAUACCCUAGGUAACACAUGGCAUACCCUAGGUAACACAUAGCAUACCCUAGGUAACACAUGGCAUACCCUAGGUAACACAUAGCAUACCCUAGGUAACACAUGGCAUACCCUGGGUAACACAUGGCAUACCCUAGGUAACACAUGGCAAACCCUAGGUAACACAUGGCAUACCCUAGGUAACACAUGGCAUACCCUAGGUAACACAUGGCAUACCCUGGGUAACACAUAGCAUACCCUGGGUAACACAUGGCAAACCCUAGGUAACACAUGGCAUACCCUGGGUAACACAAAGCAUACUCUAGGUAACACAUAGCAUACCCUUGGGUAAGACAUGGCAUACCCUAGGUAACACAUGGCAUACCCUGGGUAACACAUAGCAUACCCUAUGUAACACAUGGCAUACCCUAGGUAACACAUGGCAUACCCUAGGUAACACAUGGCAUACCCUGGGUAACACAUGGCAUACCCUAGGUAACACAUGGCAUACCCUGGGUAACACAUGGCAUACCCUAGGUAACACAUGGCAUACCCUGGGUAACACAAAGCAUACCCUAGGUAACACAUGGCAUACCCUAGGUAACACAUAGCAUACCCUAGGUAACACAUAGCAUACCCUAGGUAACACAUAGCAUACCCUUGGGUAACAAAUGGCAUACCCUGGGUAAGACAUGGCAUACCCUAGGUAACACAUAGCAUACCCUAGGUAACACAUGGCAAACCCUAGGUAACACAUAGCAAACCCUAGGUAACACAUGGCAAACCCUAGGUGGAUCAAAACUAGGUGACAUCGGAAUAAAAAAAGUAUCAAUCACAACCAUUUUCUGAGGGGCAAUAUUAAAGAUGAGAGAUAAGAAUUAACUCAAUUUGGGAAGGAUAAUUUAUUAGGCUUGUGAUUGAUAUACAUAUGGUACAUAAAUAAAAAAAUAUAUACUGUU